AUGCCUCCCAAGAACUCGAAGCCCACCAGCGACGAGCUUCUCGCCCAAUUCGACGACCUCGGCGUCGACUCGACCAGCGAUCAACCCUCGAAACCAACCACGACAGCUCUCCCCGCCCAAUCCGAACAAGACAUCCUCGCCGAACUGGACAAUCUCGCAUCCCAGCGUCCCAGUAGCGGGCCGGGGACCCCUCGACUGUCAACCCAGGAAACGAGACCCGCGACGAGGUCCCCCAAGCCCGCCGCCAGCACCACCGCGUCCGGUCGGACGAGCGAGGACAGACCAGCCCCGCGCAAGUCGGGCGAAAGCACUCGUACCUCUCGCGCUGCAAACAAGUCGACAAACGUGCAGACACCCGAGCCGGAGAAGUCUGCGGCCCAGGAGGCGCCCUCGAGUAGCGGCGGCGGCGGAUGGUGGGGAGGCAUCUUUGCAACGGCCAGCGCAGCGAUGAAGCAGGCCGAAGCUGCCGUCAAGGAGAUCCAGCAAAACGAAGAAGCUCAGAAAUGGGCCCAACAGGUCAAAGGAAACGUGGGAGCUUUGCGAGACCUGGGUGGUGAGCUUCGAAACAUGGCCAUCCCCACCUUCACCUCCCUCAUCCACACCCUCGCGCCUCCGAUCUCCUCCCACGAGCGUCUCCAGAUUCACGUCACCCACGACCUCCAGGGCUACCCCAGCCUGGACCCGAUGGUGUACGCCGUCUUCUCGCGGGUGAUGGCACAGGUGGAAGGCGGCGACCUGCUGGUCAUCCAGCGCGGGCAGGAAUCCGCCCCGAAGCGCGGGCUCGACAUCACGGGUAGCCAGUCCGCGCCGGGCUGGCACGACGGACCGUGGUGGCGCACCGUGACGCCCGGCACGCCGCGCAGCAUCUCCGCCGUGCGCGGUGCCGUCGAGGCCACCAAGCUGGCGCGCGCCAGCGCCGAGUCCUACGCCAGCGAGUACUUCUCGCCGCGCGGCGGCGUGGAGGAGGCGGCCAAGCAGGCCACGCAGGUGUUGAGCGAGUCCAACCCCGUCCGCAGCAGCGACAUCUUCCUCGCCAUCCAGGCCAUCGCGCAGACCUCGUCGACGGACCUGUUCAAGGCCGGCCCCACCACCGACAAGGCCACGCCCCCGGGCGUCGUCGACGUCCCCGACGCCACCGAGGAGGAGGUCACCUUCGCGCUCUACCUCCACGACCCCAUCCACGGCAUCGCCUUCCACACCAUCUCGCAGGCCGUCCCGCAGAAGUGGAUCGCCUGGCUGGAUACCCCCGCCCCGGCGGCGGAUGCCUCCUCCGACGAGGCUGAUGUGCCGCGCGCGCAGGUGCCUGCGGACAUCGCCGAGAUCAUCGAGAGCGGCGGCGUCGACCCGCGCGAGUGGGCGGCCGAGUGGAUCGAGGAGGCGCUCUCGCUGGCGGUCGGGGUGGUCGCGCAGCGGUACGUCGCGCGACGCAUGGGCGUGGGCGAGGCCGGCGUCGCCAAGGGCAAGAUGCGCGCGGAACAGGCCUCGGCGGUGGAGAGUGGAGCGGGCGAAGCUGCGCGGGCGCUGUAA